AUUCCAACCCCCCUGUGCAAGGAGAAGUGAUGGAGGGUGCUGACAACCAAGGUGCAGGAGAGCAAGGUAGACCAGUGAGGCAGAAUAUGUAUCGGGGUUACAGACCACGAUUCCGCAGGGGCCCUCCUCGCCAAAGACAACCUAGAGAGGAUGGCAAUGAAGAGGACAAAGAAAAUCAAGGAGAUGAGACCCAAGGUCAGCAGCCACCUCAACGUCGGUAUCGCCGCAACUUCAAUUACCGACGCAGACGCCCAGAGAACCCUAAACCACAAGAUGGCAAAGAGACAAAAGCAGCCGAUCCACCAGCUGAGAAUUCGUCCGCUCCCGAGGCUGAGCAGGGCGGGGAUGAGUAAAUGCGGGCUUACCAUCUCUACCAUCAACUUGUUGGUUUGGUCAUCCAACAAGAAGAAAUGAAUAUGAAAUUCCAGCAAUAAGAAAUGAACAAAGAUUGGAGCUGAAGACCUUAAGUGCUUGCUUUUUGCCCGUUGACCAGAUAACAUUAGAACUAUCUGCAUUAUCUAUGCAGCAUGGGGUUUUUAUUAUUUUUACCUAAAGAUGUUUCUUUUUGGUAAGGACAAACAUGUUUUUUAAGGGAAAAAAAAAGGCCUGGUUUUUCUCAAUACACCUUUAAUGGUUUUUAAAUUGUUUCAUAUCUGGUCAAGUUGAGAUUUUUAAGAACUUCAUUUUUAAUUUGUAAUAAAGUUACAACUUGAUUUUUUCAAAAAAAAGUCAACAAACUGCAAGCACCUGUUAAUAAAGGUCUUAAAU